AGCUUUGCUCUCAGGCUGUUUUUAGAGGAUUUGCCACAGAAGCAGCUAGAAAGCAGGAGACCACCACCUGGGCCCUUGAGUCUUCUUGGAGAAGCACGGCAUAAGAGGCCCCACCUCUGGGUGGCGUGCACGAUAAUGAGGGUCCUCCAGGGAGCUUCUGCUCUCCUGGCUCUGGUCCUUGCUGCCUUUCUGCCCUCACCCCUGUGCGCCCAGGACCCCGCCAUGGUGCACUACAUCUACCAGCGCUUUCAAGUCUUGGAGCAAGGACUGGAAAAAUGUACCCAAACAACGAGGGCAUAUGUUCAAGAUUUUCGAGAGUUCUCAAAAAACAUAUCGGUCUUGCUGGGAAGAUGUCAGACCUACACGAGCGAGUAUAAGAGUGCGGUGAACCACCUGGCCCUGAGAGUGGAACGUGCCCAGCGGGAGCUCGACUACCUGGAGUACCUGCGCACAGCUGACGCAUGCGUAGAAUCAGAAGACAAGACACUAGCAGAAAAGCUAGUCCAAGAAGCUGAAGAAGAAAAAAAGAUCCGGACUCUGCUGAAUGCAAGCUGUGACAACAUGCUGAUGGAGAUAAAGUCCCUGAAAAUAGUGAAGAGAACUAUGGACAUGGAUGGGUCUUGGAUGAAAGAUGUCAUCGGCACCUCUCCAAAGGUUUACUUCUUAGCUGGAUCCAGAAACAACACUGUUUGGGAAUUUGCAAACAUACGGGCAUUCAUGGAGGACAGCACCAAACCAGCCCCCCGAAAAUUAAUCCUCACACAUUCCUGGCAAGGAACCGGGCAGGUGAUUUACAAAGGCUUUCUAUUUUUUCAUAGGCAGGGGACUUCCAACGAGAUAAUCAAAUACAAUCUGCAGAAGAGGACUGUGGAGGAUAGACUGCUGCUCCCGGGAGGGGCGGGGCGAGCUCCCGCCUACCAGCACUCCCCUUCAAUUUACAUUGACUUGGCCGUGGAUGAGCACGGGCUCUGGGCUGUGCACUCAGGCCCAGGUGUCUUUGGCCACUUGGUUCUCACAAAGAUUGAACCUGGUACUCUGGGAGUGGAGCACUCCUGGGAUACGCCAUGCCCAAGCCAGGAAGCUGAGGCCUCCUUUCUCUUGUGCGGAGUUCUCUACGUGGUCUACAGUACUGGUAGUACCCAUCGCAUUACUUGUGUCUAUGACCCCUUGGGCACUAUCGGUGAGGAGGACCUGCCCAAUUUGUUCUUCCCCAGGCGGGCCAAAAGUCACUCUGUGAUCCAUUACAACCCCCGAGAUAAGCAGCUCUAUGCCUGGAAUGAUGGAAACCAGAUCAUUUACAAACUCCAGACUAAGAGAAAGAAGCCUCUAGACUAAUGCAUUCCAGCCAGGAGGGAGAACCUGGCCGUGGCUGCCGCUCUCCAGGACAUGGAGGCCACAGCCCCCUUGUGUCACUAACCACAGCCAGGGAUAGUGCCCAGAAGGGGGAUGUAUAUGUUUCCUUUCCCAGAUAUUGCUGCUUUGGGUAUCUCCAACAGCUUAAAUGUGAAUCUGACAUUCAGAAAUUUUCAACAGCUUCCAUCACCCAUCCAAACUUCCUGGCUCUCAAAGCCUUGAUCCAGCUUACUUUGAGCCUUUUCUUUUAUGAACAUUUAUUUUAACUCUCCCCUAACCCCAGCAAUUAGAAAUGUAGGGCCCCCAUAAUCCUUCUUGGCUUUUUUCUCCUCUGGCCUUUGCUUCAAGUUCUUCCCGCUUCUACUUUUCAC